UUACCGGCAUACGGUCUUCCAGAGUGUGUUCACACAGGCACCGGCCCGUCUGCGCGCUCGUGGGGAAAGUGGGCGCGAGCGUGCCGGAGGAGUUCGCUCGCGCCGCGGCUCAGGAAGGAACUUCGACGCUCAACUGUCCCAGCAAGACCAAUGAACGCCAAACUGGUCAUGUUUCUUAAACCCUAGCCCACGAACCACCUGGAAUAUCUCGUCAGCUGAUUCCAUUUCAACCCAACACACCUUAACAUGCCCCACUCCUUCUGCUGUUGACCUUUGACAUCUGACAGCAAUGGCGGACCGCUCGGUGGCUCCAGGUCAGACGUACAUAGAGGUGGAGUCUGACUACGAGUACAAAUACAAAGACCGUUUGAUCACCAUUAAACAGGGGGAAAGUUACAUGCUUGUGAAGAAGACCAAUGAAGACUGGUGGCAGGUGCGCAAGGAUGAGGCCACUAAACCCUUCUAUGUCCCAGCACAGUAUGUGCGGGAGGUGCGACGUGCUCUCAUGCCCCCUCCUAAACCCCUCGGUGCAGCAGGCCGAGGGGGGACUGGACCCAUUCGACCAUCUGGCCUGGAGAUUCAGCGGCCAUGUGACAACAAAAAGAGCCCAUGUCCCUCUCCCUCUGGCAGUGCUUUACUGCCGCCCAGGGAUGACAGAGGCAGCCCGGGCAGCCCAACGGCGCUCGUCCCCCCCACACAAAUGAACACUUCACCUGGCUCACUUCCUCGUUCCAGAGCCGAGUCCCCAAGUCACAAAGUAGAUGGAGAUAAAGAGUUAGAGAAGAGCAGUCGUGGACUGGAAAAAGAUGCAAUUUAUGAAGAGUUUGCUAGAGAGGGAGGCGGCUUGGAUAAGACCCGAAAUGAUUCAGAAUCCGGGGAUGAUCUCAGCAGCGGUUCAACUGAUUACCUACAGAUUUUAGGUUCAGGGCAGGGCAGGCCUGGCUCUCCGGUCUACACAAACCUACAGGAGCUGAAGAUCUCUCAGUCCUCCACUCCUCCACUGCCGUCCUCCUCUCCGCUCCACACCAAUGGCGACUGGGAGACUCACAAAGACCAGAAUGGCAGACACUUCUACUACAACCGCAGCACGCAGGAGAGGACCUGGAAACCCCCACGGGCACGGGACAGCUUCACCAGGAAAGAAGAGAAACAAGACAUGACUGACACUGAGGUUCUGUCCUCAGACGAAAACUGUCUGAGCAGCCAAUCAGACAGCCAGUACGGUUCGCCCCCUAGAGGCUGGUCUGAGGAAAUGGAUGAGCAUGGACACACUCUCUAUGUGUCUGACUAUACUAAUGAGAAGUGGUUGAGACACAAAGACGAGCGAGGCCGGCUGUAUUACUACAGCGCAGAUGGCUCCAGAUCUGAGUGGGAACUUCCUAAAAUCAGUCUCAAAUCACAGUCUAACCACUCAGCUCUGCUACAAGAUGUGCACAAAACUCGUAGUCUUGACCGGAGACUGCCUGAUUCCAUUCCUAUCAGGACGAGACACAGCGUAUAUUUACACGAGUCCAAUGACAAGUUAAAACAGAAAUCCAUCAAGGACCGGCAAACCUUACCCCCGCACCGCAAAAGCACCUUCCGCUCUCACCCUUAUAGGCCACAACCAUCAGAGAAAUGUGGCAUUUUAAACAUGACUAAAAUCACUGAACAUGGAAAGAAGGUCCGGAAGAACUGGACCUCCUAUUGGACACUGGAUGAGUUGAUACUCACUUCUGUGAACUGCAUGCUAACAUGCAUUGUGAUGUUUUGUAAUGCUUGUCAUUUUUUCUCUUUCUCACCUCCUCUAGGGUUAGGAAUGGAUGGUUUGUACAGAGUCAGUGGAAAUUUGGCCAUUAUACAAAAACUGAGAUUUGCUGUUAAUCACGAUGAAAAAGUGGAUUUAGGGGACAGUAAAUGGGAGGACAUUCACGUGACCACUGGAGCCCUGAAGAUGUUUUUCCGUGAGCUGCCAGAACCUCUAUUCCCCUACGCUUUCUUCAACAACUUCAUCACCGCUAUCAAAAUGCCGGAUUAUAAGCAGAAAGUUCAGGCAGUUAAAGAUCUGAUGAAGCAACUGCCACGGCCAAACCACGACACCAUACUGGCACUCUUCAAACACUUGAAGAAAGUAAUCCAGCAUGUUGACGAAAACAGGAUGACCACGCAGAGUGUAGCUAUCGUGUUCGGCCCGACGCUCCUACGCCCAGAGGUAGAGACGGCAAAUAUGGCCUUGCACAUGAUCUACCAGAAUCAGAUCGUUGAGCUCAUUCUUAUGGAAUACGAGACCAUAUUCGGCAGGUAGGUCACACGCACAGGAACCCUUUGACCAAACCCAACGGGACACAGUUACUGCUGAAGACCGACAGCCCAUUGGCUGCCAGACUGAACACUGAACAUAACGUUUGGUACGUUUACAUGAGGAACACCCGUAUUAGAGGAAAAAAAACAGCAUUUUGGGUUCAACAUAAACAGUCAAAUCCUUUCUCAUAUCUUUAUUGGACUAAAUUAUAGUCAUUUUUUUCUUGGCUGAAUGUCGUAUUAUUUUUAUAUACCAAAAUUCAUUGGACUAUGUCAUUUUUGGACCAUCUUUGGAUUAAUUUGGAGCAACGAGGGCUUGAAAUAUGAAAGUUUUCUGUCCGACUGAAAACCGUGUUGCAUAUGGGAGAUAUCUGAGGCUUCAUUUUAGAUUUCCGUUCAUUACAAGUACUACAUUUUGCAUCACGUCUUUCCUUGGUAAUGCUGUAAUAUGGUUUGGAACAACACAUCAACUGAUUGACUGACAUGAUAGACAUGGAUUUUAUUCUAUCCUAACAACUAAUUUUUAUGGGAAUGGAUUGUAACCCUGAGAUGACCGCUGCUUAAGAUUUGGAUACACAAUAUUUUGUUUGAGUCUUGGCCUCAAUUUCCUGAUUAUUGAUCCAAUAUCAAAUGAUGUACAAACUUCUGAGCUAUGAAAAUAUAUGUCAAGUAUAUUUCAGGCUGUGUGAGUGCAUAUGUCCCCUUCGGUCCUUAGAUAGACAUUGAAAUUAAAUGUGUGCAGGACACAUUUUACCCCAUGAUGAUAUUAGACUCGCUACUGUUCCUGACCAGACCCCAGUCAUGCAUUGAAAACUCCUACAGCCUAUUUAAUGUAUGAGUACAGUAUGCUGUAGACAAAAUAACAUGUAAAGAUCUUGUAUUAGAGAGAGAGGAGAAAUUGUGAGUGGAUAAAACUUGAUUGCUCUUUCUAAAGAUGUCUGAUGGACAUACUGUGUGUGUGUGUGUGUGUGUGUGUGAGAGAUGAGUAAGAGCCACAAUUGUAUUAAUACAGACAGGUUUAUUCAAAUGUUUUAAUGAGAAUUAAUUCAGAUAUGGUUAUUUGGUAAAUGGCUGUUGAAUGUAAUUCGUCAAAUAUUCUGCUGUACCUUGCAGAGCUUUGUCUUGAUCAAAAUAAAAUUGACAAGGCAAAUUGGUCACCUUAUUGUGUUGUUACUCCCCUCCACCAGGGGGCAGCAAAUAUCUCAAUAACACUGGUUUUGUUUUUAAUGUGUUGCUCUUAAACUUCUCACAUAUAAUUUAACUACUGGUAUACAAACCAACUCUUAUGUAUUUUAUAUUAUAUGGAUUUAAUCAAAGCACAGCCACGUCAUAAAGGAAUGUUCAGACUUAUAUGCUUUUACUGUAAAUGCUUUUUUUUAGGGACUUGUCUAAAUUGUUGGACCUGGAACAUUCCUUUCAUGCUGUUGAUACAGUAUGACAGUUUAUAUUUUUAUAGAUGAAGAUGCAGACUGACCACUAUGAGGAAAAAGAGGAUUUAGUCUGACGCAUUUUGUUGCUGAUUUCUUGUUCUAAUAUUCACUUAUUUCACUCUUAAGUGGAAAUUGCAAUCUAUUUCGUUUCCAUUCCAAUGGAUACAUUUUCUUGCAAGUCUUUGCAAUAGUAGAGUUUGUCCUAAUCCAGUGUUUUGCUGGAUUCUUAGAUACAAAACGGGAUGAUGUGUCACUUAACAUGUACUCUGUUUGCUUUUUAAGAUUUACAUAUUAGACGCUUUAAUUUUUUAGGUCAAAGUUUUAAAUGAAAUGCUAAACACCUUGGAUACCCACUGUCGUGCGGAAAUGUCUAAAUGUUAGCACGCUUUCACUAAAUUUGUUAGAGAAUGAAUAAGUAAUUUAGAAAUGACCUGGUGCUUCACUUCAUUUUAUUUUAUGGGGCAUCAAAAAAAGCAAACAAAGGAAGAAAAAAUCCUACAAAUCACCUCAUGGAAAAUGUGACAUUUACACACACAAUGCAAAGUUGGCACAAAUAAAAACAAACAGACAAAAUGAGUUGACUACUUUUGGUUCCAAAAUGGCAAAUUCAACACCAGUACAACAACAUGAAUCCAUGCUCUUCAUCACAGGUUUAAGGGUCAUUUACUAUUAAUUACAGUGAAGCUGUUGGAAAAGGGUCAGGGUUCAAGAAAAACUGAAGCAAUGGGUGCAAAUAUCUGCCUGAUUGACUUUUUGUGGUAGAGUUAAAAAAUAAGUUGAAAUUAUAAAACUAAUACUGUUAAGUUCGGCUUUAUAUACUGUAUAUCAGGGUUUAACCUCCAUCGUGGCACUGAGAUUAAUUCUAAAAUACAUUGUGUUAAACUACAGUGUUGUGUAUUACACACGCAAUAAAUAAAGCAAUACAAAAACAUAAGACGUAUAUAAAAAGGUUCUACAAAUGAAACAAUUUUCGAUGACAAUAAUACUAAUGGUAUUACACAAUAUACACAUGCAUAAACAAAAAAGAAUAAACAUUUCGAAAUACAUUGAAAUUAAUAAUACUGUAAGGUCUACUAAAACAUUUUUUAUCCUAUGCGCCUCUUUCAAAGUGCUGCUUUCUUUGUGCACUUCACAGUCAUAUUACAUUUGCCUUCUGCAUGAUUUCGGGAUGCUAGAUUUUGUUUCAUCUAUAGGGCCGUGCAAGUUGGAAAUCUUAAUAACAGAGAGAACACUUGCUGAUGAUUAUGGGUUGUGCUCUCCUAUACAAUCCUAUGGUUCAUACAGUUCUUUCAAGUAUAUUUCUUUCAUCAUCGUUCAUCAAAUAAUCCUUAACCUGCUUCUAAUUGGUUUGAAUUCAUUACUUGGUUUGGCUAGUUGUUUUAGGUUAUUAUAUGAUUCUACAUAUGUAGGGCUACAUAUGUUAUAUUAUCUUUUUCCUGGCAAUACCAAAGUGGGCUAAAAGAGAGAAAACCGCUUUUCUAAACACUGAAAACCAGCAUGAGCUAUAACAGCUUGACAGUGUGCCAUUUGAUUACAAAUGAGGGCAGUGUUACAAACUUGUUACAAAAUUUCUGUACAUUUGUCAAAUCUGUUGGGUUGGGUCCUUGAGCAGUGUGGACAUUUUAUGUGUCUUUAGUUGUCUAGAUUGUCCGGUGUGACUGUGGAGCACUGUGUUAAUGUUUGUGAAUGGCACUUACAGCUUGGCGGUCUUGCAUAAGGCUGUGGGUGUGCAGAGCAUCUCCUAUGAACACAGACUGACACAUUACAACAUAAAGCCACGCAAAGAUGAAUGAAACAACAGGUGAAACUGCCUUUUGAGGUUGACACUUUUUUUCCUGAAGUUUUUUGUUUUCAUUCAUAUGGUGUCAUGAUCGUGAAAAGUAUGUUUUCAAAACUUUUUUUUUUUUUUUUUUACAGUUGCCGACAAAUAUUUUGGAGUGCUUAUUACAAAACGUCUUUUUUUAAAUCGAAUUCGAAUCUGAUUUGAAUUAUUAUUCAGUUGAGUAGUUCAUUACAAAUAACCAGUUUAAAUUGAAUCAAAAAGCGAUUACAUUUUUUAAAAUGAUAAUAAGCAUUCCUAUGAAUAUUUCCAUAAUUAAUUAUUUACAUUUUCUUCUUUUUAUAAAUGAGCUAUUAAUAGUGAAGUGCCAUUUAAUUUCCUUCAUAAGGCAGACAAACAAUCAGAUGGAAAAACGAGGCAAUGCUAACAACAGCUUGCCUGAUUAACACGACAAAAAUACUGAAUGGUAUCUUAAACUUGAGGCAUUAAGUAUCUGUGGUUAAUCUCACAAAGAAAUGUCCAGGUCAUAUUUCACCC